AUGACCGAGGGACGAGGAAGCGGCGAGCUGGAGGGCAGCACGCUCGGCAGCAGCUCGCGCGAUGGAGACAGGGCCAGACGCAGUCAACGACGGACAGCCAGUUCGAGCUCAUUUCUCGUCGAUUCAUCGUUUCUAUCCAAGUCAAAGAGCAUACGGACCGGCUCUCAUCGGCCGCGGCGUUCGGAAUCGCAUCGCAACGAGAAGCGUGGCGCUCCCGAGAGUGAUAUUGCAACACCGAAGAAGAGGUCGCGGUUCCCCUGGAGUCGUCAUAGAGAGUCGCUGGAAGGGCCGUCGGUGAUUGCUGGUCCUCAGGAGCCCGCAGGGACGGAAACGCCUGGUCCAUCGUCCGCACAGCAACCUCCAACGUCGGAGCCGCCGCCAGCUAGCACGGACAAUAAUGAGGCUGCGCCAGGUUUGGACAGGGAUUCACUUCAGAUUGUUAAUCUGGCUCUGAACUUGAGUGAGUCCCGGAGGAGAAAUAACCUCGGUCGGUCCGUCUCGACUCGCCUCCCAGGGGCUGGGACGUCGGUCCCCUAUACUGAUAGUACCACGUUGACUACGAGCGCCGGCCGUGGAUAUCCGACUCUUCAUACGCAUCGCGAUUAUACUCAUACGGGGAUCAGCGACCACGCCACGCCACCGCCUGGUGAAUCAGCCCUGAAUCCUUCAUCCGUACUGGAUCUGCUACCUAAUGCUGCUGGAGGAGAGACCUUGCCUCAGGCAUUCUCAACGAGUACGCUAGCUCGGGCCGAUAAAGCCAGGCGUCAUUUUGAGCUAUUUCAUCUCUAUUUGUGUCUACUCCCUUCGCUCCCGCCACUGAGACAUCAUGGCACGCAAGAUGCCACAGACGCCUCAUCAGCUUCAAAGGGUAGCCUUCCUCAGUCGCGAGACUACAAUCCCCUCCAGGCCAUUCGGAACCGAAAAGUUCGUUUUCGUGAGAGACGUCCGAUUGAUCCAGAGUCGGAAGGUUGGUAUGACGUCGCUAGGGUGCGUGAAUGGGUGAACUCGGUUCAAUCUCACUAUGGCAACAAAAGACACCAGCCUUCUGAAUGUCUAAAGCUGCCGCCGUUUGAACGAGGCGAGAAGGAUCCGCCACGAGAAGAACCCGAUGAUCCAGAUUUGUUUGCAGCGUCUCCUCCUUCCAGCUUAAGACGCGUCAGCCGCACUAGCAGCACCAAAGCAGCUCGCAGGCCAAGAUUCGACUGGACUAUCUCCCCGGCUGAGCUUCUGGCUGAUGCCGCCUGGGUUGAAGAAGGCCAGAAUAAGAGCAAGAUGGUGGACAAAGACGGAAAUCUCCUGUUUCCGGACCCAGCAGAGUUACACCCUUCUGGUGACAUGCCACCUAGCUCUGCCCAGACGCAUAUGCCAGCCAAGCCGCCGUCUGCGGGCGCACAACACCCGGAUUCUGAUACGCCUUUCUCAAAUGCCCAUCCUGCAUUGGGACCCGAGUUCAGGAGCGUCAAUCGUGGAAGGCGACGGCACAGAUAUCAUAGUCCUGCACAUGGUUUCCACAGCAGAGGUACUUCACUGACCGGCAUAGGCACCAAGGAGCGCAACCUGGGAUUACGGUCAAGUAGCUCUUCGAGUGUCUCCACCACUGGUGAAAGACACUCCUGGUAUCGUCAUGCGGACAAUAUAGGUCGAUCUGCCGCAUCAAAACUUACUCGAGCUCGGAUCUCACGAGUGAACUCCCCUACCACUGCGCCAGAAGAAGAACAUGGCCUCGAUACAGGACUGCUGCCGUCUCAGACCUCGAGUACUCAACCAACGUGGGCCAAAUUGGACGAGCGAAGCGGCUCGUUGUCAUCCGCCGCAAGUCGUCAGGAUCCUUCUUCUACUGGCAUUCCGCCUGUUUCCCUUGGAUACUUCCCUAGCAUUGCGUCCAACUUGUCUCCUCCUUCAAGUCGCUCACCGUCGCCAUCCAAACGACAAAUUGCUCACGGAAUCAUUGCUCGCCAUGCGCGAAGCAAAAGCCGCUCACGCCCCAAGGAGAUCCUUGAGGACAAGUUGAUCUCUGCGGCGGAUACUGCCGAUAAUCUACAAAAACAUAUAUCUGAUGGCGCACAUCCAGCCGGCAGACUUGAACCAAGCCCAAUUCCCGAUGAUGUGUCUCCGGUGUACCAAGCUGACAAGACAUGGAGCUACACGCAUGCGCGCAAGGGAUCAGUUCAGCCUGAAUCGCGGCUGCGCGGAAUCUUUAAAGGGCCAGGAAAGAUUGCAGAGAUCGUAGGCAACGAGGUUUCAAAAAUGGGCGACCUGAUAAUGAAGAAGGACGACCCGGCUCAUUCAAGGAAUUCGUCGUUGGAGACAGCUCUUCCCUCCGAGGAUAGUGCAUUGGACGAGGGCGAGGAAGCGAAGGGUGAAAAGAGAUCCGGGCCCAAGGCCCUCCUACGCCGACUUCCAACAUUCUCGGAUGGGACUCCUCGCAAGCCUCCCGAGCGUGGCAGUGCGAAAAGUCUUUUGCAAUCAACUGCGGCUUUGGCGACUCCAUCUCGACGGGCCGAGCAAGAAGAACAGCGUAGAGCUUCGGCCCUGGAUAGUCCUUUGAAGCAGGGCUCAGAUGCUCCAUUGCAUGAUGCGCAAGUGCCGCAGACGAAGAGGCUCGGCGCUUCAAUGCUACAAAAGGAUGCGCACAUGCUGGCGGCGAAAAUUGGUGAUGGCCGAAGAUUUGAGCCCGAGUUCCACGGGGUCCGGAACCAGAUCAAGAAUGGUCAAAUCAAAGAUCCAUCGGUUCCUUUCAGCAUGAUCCGUCCCCCGGUUACGGGGCUUGCGCAAGCAGAUAUCUCGGCUGCAGAUCGUCCUCAAGACAAUCGUUGUGGUGCGUCAGGUCAGUCAAGGACAUGGAGCAUCUCCAACCGCAGCAUUUCGACCGCGGUGGACUCUGGUAUCCCGGAUCGAAGGGAAAUCGAGCGUACAAAGGCGCUUCUUCUGACAUCGGGUAUCAAAGCGCGGGAAAUCACUCGCCGGGCCGAAUCGAUACGCAGUCCACCGCCAGACUUUCUACAGAAAGCCUAUCCCGACUCCCCUGUGCCCCAGAUCAUUCGCCUCUAUGAAUUUGAUGUGGCGGCCAAGGGACUGCUCCGGCGAUUAGAGACGUCUCAUGACUCGUUUCGGCGAACUGUGGAGAGUUUCCCUAAGGCCUCGGGCGCUUUGAGAACGCAGUUGGCACAGCUGGAAGACAUGGUCAACCAGACUCUUGCCCCGCGCGUUCGAGCCCUGGCGGAAGACGCCGAAAAUCUCAGCGUCGAACUCAACACGACCAGUACGCUUGCAGUGAAACAGUUGAGCGACAAACUCGACAAGGGCAUCCGCAAGCGUCAUCGGCGUUUGCGUUGGCUCCGACGCACCGGCUUCGUCAUGCUCGAAUGGGCUCUUGUCGGGAUGCUGUGGUGGGUGUGGUUAAUUGUCAUGGCCUUCAAGGUCCUUCGAUGUAUCUUUCGAGGAGCCAUUUCUGGCAUCCGGUGGGUGCUUUGGUUGUGA